UGCGCGCUGAGUGUCAUCUUCGUACAAUCGGAGACAUUGCUCGUGACAUUGCUAUAAACGUCUCCGCCGGGGCUAUCCCUUACUUUGGAGUCUUGCCAAUGGACCGGCACAAGCCCGAUCCAGUUUACGACGAAGAGUCUGCAUAGAGACGAAGAACAUGGCGGCGACAAUUCAAGCAACGGAGGCAUCACCACUCCUCCAGCUCCCACCAGAGCUGCGCAAUCAAAUCUUUGAACAUGUGCUCUGCAACAAGAAAAUCCAUGUGGCCAUGCGACCCACUCAGGCCGAGGAGUCUGGAGGAUUUCCUUAUGGCUCAGAACCCAUCUGGUUCAAUGAGCGCUACAAGCCCAUGUACUGCGUCUGCUUGAAUGGAGACGAAUGGGUUGAAGCCUACGAGCUGAGUAAAGCGGACGAUCCAGCAGCGCAAAGCUCCAAUUUGCAAGCAAAAACGAACGACCACAAAGCUUGCGAGCGAGUCCUGAACGACUUACGAUGGCAAGAUUUCAUGCGCAUGCCCUCCGCACAGCAUUGCGAGUGUGUGACGAGACCUUGUCCCCAUUUUUUCGAGCAUCGACGAAAUAUGAUUGCGAAAUAUGGAUCGCCUCCGGAAGGAUUGAAGGUCGCUCAUGCGAAUACCAAACUGGACCUGUCGCUGCUCAGUACAUGCAAGAAGAUAUACAAUGAGACGGCUCUCCUACCAUACAGUGGUAAUACAUUCAGUUUCCACGUGCCAGUCGAGCUCAAUGCUUUCCUGGAUCAGGUCCUGACCCGAUCGCAACGUGAUGCAAUACAAACUUUGUAUGUAUAUCUGGGCGCGCUGAGCCGGCCUACGCUGCCAAACACUGUUCCACGAGAUCUGAAGAGACUGCAAUGUCACGUCCCGAGUCUCACGCCAGCUGUCAUGACAGAAGACAUGCAUGAAACGCUGGGCCCCUGGAGUCGGAAAUUCGAGCAAGUCCAGGUGAUCCUAGGGGAAAUGGGAAGCAAACCAGCUGGGGAGCAACAAGUCAAGGGACGAAGAGAAUUCUCCAGGACUUUAGAGGAUCUGUUGACUAAAUCUUCAAGCUUCUCGGCGGGGACGUGAGGUUAUUUGGCUCUUCGCGCGCAGUCUUCCGCUCCCAGGUCACUCCAGAGCGCCAUUAAUUGCACGCUCCAGCAAAUACGUAGGUCCUUGACUUCUCGGAUGUAGGGUUACGACCGACCUUACUGCUUGCACCACGGACUUUCCUGGUCGUCCGUGCUCCGUGUUGCACAAGCACGCUGACCGAUGAUGACGCGGACGCGGGCGCAGACGCAGAAAGUAGCCCACGCAAGUGGCAACAACUUCUCUUCCACACACCGCCUGUCGCCGCCUUGCCUCCGGUCUCGAUCGCCACAAAGGAACAAUGUCUGGAAUACGAGCUUACAACACGGUGAGCCUUCUGCGGUCAUGGCAACGCUGGUAAUGUUGCGUGCGUAGGCUUGUCGCCUCAGUGGGCAGUCUGGUGGUGUUGAGAUUGCCAGAGCAACGAAAGAGCGAGGCGGAGGCCGCGCACUGCUUCGCGGGCCUCUACUGCAGCAAGGCCUAAGACGGAGUGGUUCCGAUCGCGCCGGCUCUACCUCUUGUGACUCGGAAGCGCGAGCUGAAGAGGGCCUUACACGUUCGAAUGAUGGUUCUCGCUGGUCGUGCCUGGUAUAGGUCGUCCGUCGAGAACGCUGGUAAAGCAAGAGAGUGGCCAGAGGA